UGACAGGAUUCACGACUCGGGCUGAACUCCGCUCAAGCUGCAUAUAUAAAGAGGGUCUUUUUCGUAUUCGUGAAGUACGCCAUCUUUGGAGGAGGGGUCGGAUAAACACCGAACGAGGGAAACUGCAGCAGCGCCGCCGCCAUGAAGGAAUUACUCGUUUUUGCUGUCGCAGCUACUGCCCUAUUGAGCACUUUUCCCGCUGUCAGGGGAGACUGUAGCAGUGUGACGUGCAGCUCCUUCGGGUACGUGCCUAUCCCGAAUGGCGGAGGAGAGUGUGCCUUCUGCCUCAGCGCUGAUUCUACGCCGACAUGCCCUGGGAUCAACUGCGACGGGAGUCAAUUUACGACUACUACUGGUGCAACGACUACUACAACGACGACUACGCCACCAACUACCACCACGACAACAACACCUCCUACUACAACCACCACCACAAUACCUCCAACCACAACCACCACCACAACACCACCUACUACUACCACAACACCACCCGUAACUACAACUACAACACCACCAGUUACUACCACAACUCCACCUGUAACCACCACUACGACACCACCUGUAACCACAACGACAACACCACCGUAACUACCACCACAACUCCACCUGUA